UACGUCCGUCCUGUCUGGACCGGACCGGACCGGACCGGACCGGACCUAACGUUAGCUUGGGGCCGGGCGCUCUCCCUUACCGUGUUAGCUAGCUCAGCCUUCUUGUGCGAUUUUUUUUUUUUUUUUUCAAAAGGACUUUCAGAUUCGUGGGAUUUUUCCUCUUGGGAAAUGCUUCACAUAUUUCUAUCACCUUCCACUACUACAAGGCACUUGCUUUUAUCUGUGACACAGUCGUAUUCAAAGGAAUCCCAAAUGGGACUCUGGCGCUUUCUCCCGACUUUCGCCGCCGCCGGCCGGGUGGCAACACGUCACGGGCCGCGAGGCGCCGACAGCUGGCGUAAAACUGGCACAGCUAAAAAAAUUGGAAGAUAGAUUUCAUAUCCACCUCAAAUACUAGGCUUGUGUAGUAUGGCGUUUCAGUUAACGAAAAUGUUUUUUCACAUUUGGUUUUCGUUAGUUUUCGUUAACGAUAAUAGCCUUGCUUCUGAGGAGUGCAGUUGCAUUAAUUGUGCUUUUAAUUUGAAAAUAGUUAACCGGAAGUGUUCGAGUUGUUGUAGCUAGCAGAAAAUUGAAGCCAAUGUAGCUUGAUCUGUGUUUCAGCAGAAUAAUUCAGUUUCAGAUCACCAACAUACUUUUUGACAGGGGUUUAAAAGGCCUUACUGGAUGACAUCCAAGCGCUGCACAGAAUGUUGGCUACCGGAGCAGCUGUAACCACAGCACUGGCACAAGUGGACAGAGAAAAGAUCUACCAGUGGAUCAAUGAGCUGUCCAGUCCAGAGACCAGGGAGAAUGCCCUCCUGGAGCUCAGCAAGAAGAGGGAGUCUGUACCUGACCUGGCUCCCAUGCUGUGGCACUCCUGCGGCACCAUAGCGGCCCUGCUGCAGGAAAUCGUCAACAUCUACCCAUCAAUCAACCCCCCCACCUUGACAGCACACCAGUCCAACAGAGUAUGUAAUGCCCUUGCACUCCUCCAGUGUGUUGCCUCCCAUCCAGAGACAAGGUCAGCUUUCUUGGCUGCACACAUCCCACUCUUCCUCUACCCGUUCCUACAUACAGUGAGCAAAACACGGCCAUUCGAGUACCUCCGCCUCACCAGCUUAGGAGUCAUAGGCGCUUUGGUGAAAACAGAUGAGCAGGAAGUGAUCAACUUCCUGUUGACCACAGAGAUCAUUCCCUUGUGCCUUCGCAUCAUGGAGUCUGGCAGCGAGCUGUCCAAAACGGUUGCAACCUUCAUACUGCAGAAGAUUCUCCUGGAUGACACAGGGCUGGCAUACAUCUGUCAAACAUAUGAGCGCUUCUCCCAUGUUGCUAUGAUUCUUGGCAAAAUGGUCCUCCAGCUCUCCAAAGAGCCGUCAGCCCGCCUACUGAAGCAUGUCGUGCGCUGUUACCUACGCCUGUCUGACAACUCCAGAGCCAGAGAAGCUCUGCGGCAGUGCCUCCCUGACCAGCUCAAAGACACCACCUUCGCCCAAGUCCUGAAGGACGACACCACCACCAAGCGCUGGCUGGCCCAGCUGGUGAAGAACCUGCAGGAGGGUCAGGUGACUGACCCCCGAGGCAUCCCUCUCCCCCCACAGUGACUAUUCCCGCUCCUCACUGACCCUGAGGAACACCAGCAGAGAACUGCCCAACAGACGAGCCUGCAGUCAUGGACCUGCAGGUGGCACUGUUUUUAUGAAAGGCUCCUGCCUGCAAAUAUACAAGCAAAUAGCUUGAGCCUCUGCGACGCCGUUCCCAUGGAUCCACGGUUCCAGAGACAUUCACAUUUGUUGCCUCGCCAUGUGUUCUGCAACUGACUUACAGAUCUACAAUAAAUUGUUACACAACAAA